UUCUUUUUUGGUUGUCAAUAUGUUGAUUAAGAUCUUGAAGUUGGAGUUCUUUUACUUUCUAUUGGGGUUUUGUUAGAAUGACAACUUUGUGGAUUGGUGCUAUUGGGGUUUUAGUGAACUAUGUGUUAAGAUUUAUAGACAAAUUUGAUGGCCUUGAGAAAUGACAUUCCCUUAUUAUAUUCUUAUUGGAGCUUCGCGGAUCAAAAUCCAAAACUAUAGGAUUUGGUAGCAGUAAAGGGCACUGAAAUAUUGGUUUCUAAUUGUGUGAAAUCAUCGUGGAUUAUACUGAAAUACACUGUAUAUCUUGGGAAUCAAUUUUAGAAAUCUUUGGUGAAGUGAAUUUUUAUCUGUUGUUAUUGUUUAGCAUUUGGGACGGAUAAAAUAUUUAUUGCAAAGAAUAACUUCCUACCCUGAUUUUUUCUGCUGGCUUUUGAUAAUGAGGUCUUUAGAUUGGGAUUGUGGCUUUGCAUAUAAUUAAUCAAAUAAUGUCCCCUGGUGUAUGGGCGGUGACAAAAAAGCUCUGUGCAAUUAUCUUUGUGGUUGAAUUGUGUUGUGGCAAAUCUAGUGCUUUAAAAUUUUUGAAGAUGCAGAUUUCCUUGACUCGUUGUCUUCUCGAAUAUGCACUGGAUUUUCUAACAGAGUGGCAUGCUGUUGCUUCAUGGACUUGGGACGCUCAGGAUGAAACAUGCGGGAUAUGUAGGAUGGCCUUUGAUGGUUGCUGUCCUGAUUGUAAACUCCCUGGGGAUGAUUGCCCACUUAUUUGGGGUGCAUGCAACCAUGCGUUCCAUCUUCAUUGCAUCUUGAAAUGGGUGAAUUCACAGACAUCACAAGCACACUGUCCCAUGUGCCGAAGGGAAUGGCAGUUCAAGGAAUAAAGAAUAGAUUUAACUAAGCUAAUUACAUCCAUGAGGUACAAAAUUUCUGUUUGGCUAUUUGUUUUCUGCCUAUGCUAUGAAAAUAACUCUUUUGUACCAUAAACUACUUUGCCAGGAAAAGGCAUGUAUGGUGGUGCUUGUGUUUGAUCAUGAGAACAAGGACCACUUGAUUGCAUCAUUAUCCGACCUUAUUAUAGAUCGUUUCUAUAUAAUCAUGCCAAGCAAAUAUUAUCCUUAUCUAUACAAUUCCUAGAAUUAUC